CCUUUCGUCCGCGGCACGAGAAAAGCAGAGACAAGGAGCGUGAGAAAGGAGAGCUAUGGCAGAAGGAGGGAAAGCCAACGUGAACCUAGAUCGGCAGAACACGGAGGACUCAGCCGAUCUUCCUCUAAAAAUCCCCGUUUCCUCCGUGUACGAGCAUUUCCAGUGCCCUAUAUGCAUGUCGACGCUGAGCGAUCCGUCGGUGACAAAGUGCGGCCACCGAUUCUGCCACAAGUGCAUAGAAGAGUGCAUAAAUCGCCGUCACGAGUGCCCGUGCUGCAAGACGGCGCUAAAUAGGGAUGACGUCAUCGUCGAUCAUUCCUUUGCAGCUCUGAUGAGGAGUGUUCGAGACGAGAGAAGAAAAGCAGAGCGAGAAUACUAUCAACAACUGGUUGAUGCAGCAACUGAUGCUCCAUUUGGUGGCACAACAGAUGGAUCGCGUGUAGUCGAGUCACCUCUUGAAUCUAUCCUUAGAAAGAGGCUCUCACAGCUGGUUGAGAUAGAGAUGAAGGGAGAGGAGAAGAAGGAGAUGUUGGCCAAGGAACUGGAGAAGACGGAACAACUGCUCACCUCCACCUAUGACAGAUACCUCACUGAGUACUUGCCCUCUCCGUCCACCAUUCCAGUCACGGUCUCUCUCUCGGUCCCCGAGCGCCAAUUUCUGGCCCCCGAGGUCAUCCUGCGCCCCGAAGACAGCAUGGCUGCUGUGUUGAAGAAGCUGCGGUCGGCCAUGGAAGAGUCGGGCAUGGCCAUAGCUGAGUUUCCUCCGUGUGAGGAGUUUGCCGUCUCCAUCAUCAAUCCGUUUGCUCGUACUAACGAGGGAGGUGUGGCCGACGAGUCCCAGGUGGGUGGAGCUAACAGUGGUAACCAUGACGACGAGAGAGCAUCGGGUGGGAUCAAAGGUCAGAUGAACAUACUGGAUCAGGUGCUACACGCAGACUGCAAACCACUGUUAGAAUUCUGUCUGAAACCAGGCACAGAGCUGAGAUUCAAGGGAGCCAUCGUUCUUGUGGGAGAGACUCCUCUGCAGUGUUUUGCUGCCACUUUUGUCAAGGGACAGACAGCUCGCGGCAUAGACUACUUCACCUGCAGAGACUGCGGAUUCAACUGGGUGUGCCAGCCGUGUGCUGAAAUCUGUCACAAGGGCCACUCGCUCGUGUCGUAUCUCCGAAAUCAUAAGCCCACGUGGGCAUGUUGCUACUGUCCAAAGAAGAAGAAGUGCUCCAUUCAAGAUAAACCAUCUUAAAAGACAUACUUAUGUUUUUGGAAUAUAUACCAAUGCAGCAGUGAUUCAUUAUAACUUUUAUGUUUUUUUCUAAUGCAGCAUGCAACAGUAGUGUUAUGUUGUACAAUGUGGCUCUUUACAGAAUGAAAAUAGAACACAAUUCCCGUAGCAUAUAUAUACUGUAGCCAAGUACACUAGUAUACAAUGUUGGAAGAGGUUACGGAGUAAAGAUCUCAAGAAGAGGGAGAGAGCGAGGCGACUGCGUCCUCCAGACUGCCUGUGACCACCAUGAAAUGGUUGUGGACGUCCUCUGCCUUGUGUGUGUUGAGGUGGGUGUGUCCUGUCACCUCUAGCUCUCUUCCAAAUGGAGUCUUGUAAGUCCACUCUUCGUGUACUGCCAGGUUGUGGUUUGUCUUGCAGUGGUUGAGGAACACUCUGGGUAUUGGCCUUUGUAAUGUAUGUAUAUACACAGCAGUGGAAAGAAAGGGUGCAUACGUACGUACACCAUGGGUAUAAUGUAAACCACGUUCAAGCCUACUCACGGGUACAGGAGUUCCUUCUGUUUCAAGCCUUUCAUCUUGACUGAAACAUAUAAACUUCCUGGAAGCAGAGUUGUAGCUGAUGUCUUCCUCGAGUAGAACCUCCUGCUCUCGAGAGAACCGCGAGUGUUUGGUGAAUGUGGCUCUAUCACUGUGCAGACCAAGCUGUCCACCUUCGUC